AUGGCCCUAGAAAGUGACGCAGUGGCCGGAGCCACGAUCGAACUCCUCGAGGCGCGCCUACGCCGCCUCACCUACCUCGUCACCGGUUCCACAGACUGGACCGGCGUCCCUACCACGCCCGAAAAGCCCGCAUCCCUCGACGAGACAGUCGCCCGUCGACUCGCACGGCUAGAGUCAGAAUUAGAACGACUUAGUCGGAGUGUACCAGCCGUACGGGACGUUCUACAGCUCCACGACCGCAACCCCGACCUCUUCCAAACAACACCACCCCACCAAAUCCCAGAAGGCCUCACAACCAAAACCCUAGCCUCAAUAGUCCUCUCAUAUGCAACCGCCUUCCCCGAAACCGCCUCACGCCUUACAUCACUGAAUGAUCUCCCCGUGCCGGACGCGCAGAGCUCUGCAGCACUAAUCGAGCUACAGCCACAGCUAGAUCGGCUCGCGCAUACACAGAGUGAACAAGCAGCUGAGAUCUCAGAGCUGCGGGUGCGCACAGCGCGCGUGCUGCAGCGCUGGUAUGAAGUUGGACUUGUUGGGAGUGGGGAGUGCUGGGCUGAGUGGGAGGGGAGACUCGAGGAUGUUGAAAGGGAAGUGAGGAGGGGAGAGAUUGUUAGGAAGGGAAGGGAGGAGGUUUAG